AUGUCUAUCGAUGUCGAGCCCCUCGAGCUGAACUUUCGGCGCCCCUUUACCGUCGAGGUGUCGCAGACCCUCACCAUCAGGAAUACCAGCGCAGCGCCAUUGGCUUUCAAGGUGAAAACCACUGCUCCCAGACAAUACUGCGUUCGACCCAAUGCCGGCCGUAUCGAGCCUGGCCAGUCUUUCGAUGUGUCCGUCCUCCUUCAGGCCAUGAAGGCCGAUCCCACACCCGACACCAAGUGCCGCGACAAGUUCCUCGUCCAGUCCGCCCCUAUCACUGGAGAUAAAGAGUUCACUAGCAUUGCCGAGGUGCUCGACAACACGGACAAGGGCCUGAAGGAAGAGCGAAAGAUCCGCGUAAACUGGCUUCCUGCGCACGGCGAGGCUGACCCGAGCACUGCCCUCAUGACUCCUAGCAAGAAGCUUGUCAACGGCAAUACGGACACGCCAGACAUUUCGCACAACUUUUCCUCGCCCAGUGCUGGCGCUCCUCCACCAUAUAACGACGACGCCGAUGCCCCCGAAAUCGACGAGAAGGCCCCGAUAGAAACCCCCGCCGCCCUAGCCAGCCGCGCCAUCCCCGCCGUCAAGGACGCGGGCAGCGAGACGCUCGAGGCGCUCAAGGCCAAGCUGGCUGCCGCGCAAGCCGAGAUUGCCGGCUUUAAGGACAGUGGCCUCCGCCAGCGCAACGUCAAGGUCGGCGAGAGCGAGAGCAAGGCCCCGAGCGAGCUGUCGCAGGCAGUGAAGCAAAAUGCCGAUGGUGUCUCGGUGCAAGUUGUGGCCAUCCUGUGCCUCCUGAGCUUUCUGCUGGCAUACUUUUUCUUUUAA